UCAUUCAGUCGGUUUGUUUCAGCCGUUGUGCACAGAGUGAAUAUUUUCAGAACCCAGUGCUGGUGGUGAAGGACAAACAGUGGUGUAAAUUUUGUGAAUGCGAAUUGAUGUUUGCUGACGAUUCUUGGGACUCGAGCUAACAAGUUCCAGUGUGAAAAGUGGUGAACUUAUUGAUACGUCGUAUACACUGUCUGUGCGUAGACCGCAUCUCGCAAGUGUAACCAAUAUUGGCCAUGGCAGAUGGACAGCAGCGAGGAGGUCGUGGUGGACGUGGAGGGCGUGGUGGGCGUGGCCGCGGAAAUACCACCGGACAAGGUAGAGGAGGAGGAGGAGGAGGAGGAGGAGGAGGAGGAGGUUAUAACGAUGGUAACCCCUAUUCUGGUGGUCAGCAGCAAGGCGGUGGCAACAAUUGGCGAGGCGGAUACAAUAAUGGGGGACGUGGGGGACAGCAGCAAGGUCGCGGUGGUCAGCAGCAGUAUCAAGGUCGAGGAGGAGGUCAAUAUCAACAAGGCCGGGGUGGCCAACAGCAAGCUUGGGGUGGACAACAGCAGCGAGGCGAUCAACCGCCGCAGUCUUGGCCAUCAUUGAAUAUGCCAGCGCCACCCCCAGCAACAUCUGCUUGGGGUCAAGCUCCUCCUCCGGCUCAACCGGUUAUGUCUAUGCAACCCGCUCAGCAGGCACAACCUCCUUCUUCUUCUGCAUGGGGUCAGGCUCCGGCUCCAGCGCAGCCGAAACCUCAACCGACCAUGCAACCCUCUCAAGUUGUUCAAUCUAAGCCAUACAAUAAAAAACCGGAAGGAUCGGCUGCAGUUCCGCCUUUGGCUGAACGCCGUCCUGCAAGGGGAUCUACAAGUGAGCAAGCCGAUGUUGGACGGGGGUCAAUGCGCGGUAAGCGCAGAAUUCCGGAUACCGUCCGCUCGAGGGCAAUCGAUUGUGCGACGUCCAAGCAAGGCAAAACGGGAACGCCCGUGUUGCUGCAAGCCAAUUACUUCCGCGUGAAUCGCAAAGGCGAUGAGAGUAUUUUCCAAUACCGCGUUGACUUCAAUCCGACCGUAGAGAGCCGCAAAAUGCAAAACUCUAUUAUUUCCAAUCUGAAAACUACGGUGGGAGGCUAUGUGUUCGAUGGCACUCAGCUUUUCACGCGGAAUAAACUUCGCAGCGACGAAGUUGAGAUUGCUACGAAGGAAAAAAUAACGAAUGAAGACUAUAUCAUAAAACUUCGCAAGGUAGGCACCAUCGAUGGGACGAACGAGAUGGCUUUGAUGAUGUACAAUUUGAUCAAUCGUGAUGCGAUGAAGGGUUUACGGUUGACACAAUUCAGACGUAAUUAUUAUGAUUCGCAUGCGAAAAUUGAUAUUCAAAGCUAUAACCUUGAGUUGCAUCCCGGUUAUAUUACCAGCAUUCGGCAACACGAAUAUGACAUAUUAAUGUGCGCUGAGAUAACACACCGGGUUUUGCGAAAGGAUUCCUGCUAUCACGUGCUUCAAAGUUGCAUGAGAGAUGGCAAUUGGAGGGACAGCUUCAAGCGUACCAUUUUGGGAUCGGUGGUUAUGGCGGACUAUGCGGGACACAAAAGCUACACGAUCAACGAUGUAGAUUUCAAGAAGACACCCGAGGACACGUUCCAAACAAAAGAUGGUGAUAUUUCAUUCAUGGAAUACUUCCGCAGACGCUAUGGCAUAACGAUCCGCGAUGCAAGGCAGCCUCUGCUUGUGUCCAGAUCGAAGCCCAGAGAUAUCCGUGGCGGAAUGCCAGAGCUCAUAUAUUUGAUUCCGGAAUUGGUUCGCAUGACUGGACUCACCGAUGCAAUGCGUCAAGAUUUCACCUUGAUGCGUUGUGUUGCUGAACAUACUCGCUUGACUCCGGACAAGAGAAUAGAUCGACUGGAUACGUUCAAUAAACGUCUGCAACAGACGAAAGAGAGUGUGGACAUUUUUCAGUUCUGGAAAACCGAGCUGGACCGUCGGCUGGUGGAGCUUCCCGGGCGUGUGCUUCCAAGGGAGAUGAUUUUGUUUAGCGGUGUUAACGAUAACAUAAAAGUUGCGGCGGACCAGAUGGGUGAAUGGCAGAGUGCCUUCCGUAACAAUGCAAUGUACUUAUCAAUCCCACUGAAAGCGUGGUAUGUUAUGUACCCGAAGAACGCCGAACAAGCUGUCAGCGCUUUUGUCGAUUGUUUGAAAACAGUUGCCAGAGGUAUGAAGUUCGAAAUUGGCGAACCGCAACAUCAUCCUCUACCGUCUGAUCAUCCAUCGGAGUACGUUACUAAUUUGCAACAGGUUUUGCAAAAAGACCCACAGAUGAUCAUGUGCGUUGUGAGCAACGAUAAGGCGGAUCGCUACGCGGCGAUCAAGAAAAAAACCUGCGUGGAGUACGCCGUACCAACGCAGGUGAUGAAAGUUAGAACGAUCUCCCCGAGAGGGGGAAGUGCACGAGCAUUGAUGUCCGUUGCCACCAAGGUGGCAAUCCAAAUGAACUGUAAACUAGGAGGAAUACCUUGGAUUAUCAAGAAUCCCCUCCAAUCGGUUCUGGUCAUUGGGUACGACGUUUGCCACGAUACUCGCGACAAAUCGAAAUCCUACGGAGCUUUGGUUGCUUCUUUGUACAACCCCAGGUUCAAACAUCCGAAAUAUUACUCCACGAUAGACCAUCAUAGCAGUGGCGAAGAGAUAUCCAACUACAUGGCGCAGAAUGUCUUCAAAGCACUUCGUGCAUAUAAAGACGAAUUUAAUGAGCUUCCCGGACGUAUUAUGAUUUAUCGCGAUGGCGUGGGUGAAGGACAGUUGCAGUAUGUGUACGAGCACGAGACCAUGGCAGUUAAGGAAAAACUCAAGUUGGCAUACCCUGCCGGGAUGGUCUCCAAAAUGACGUUUUUCGUAGUCAACAAAAGAAUCAACACUCGACUGUUCUACAGCAAAAAUAAUCCUCCGCCUGGUACAGUUGUAGACGACGUUAUAACAUUGCCGGAGAGAACCGAUUUCUACUUAGUGUCUCAGAGCGUUCGCCAGGGAACCGUAUCGCCAACGUCGUACAACAUACUUGUUGACGACUCUGGUCUGGAUACCGAUAAGUUGCAGCAACUUACGUACAAGCAGACGCACUUGUAUUACAAUUGGUCCGGGACAGUGGGUGUGCCGGCAGUGUGCCAGUAUGCCCACAAGUUAGCUUUCCUGGCUGGCCAGUAUCUGCACCAAUCGCCGAGCACCGCACUCGAGAAGAGACUUUACUAUCUGUAAUUUGCUGAUUGUUAUUUUUUUAAAUUUUGCAUGUUCAUUUUAUAUUACAAAUAAGCUGAAAGAUAUUUUGUAAUCAUUUGAUAAACAGAGAAUAUAUUAUUAUAUUUGAGUGAAGUAUAAA